GGAAAAGGAAAAUAAAAAAGAUCCAACAGCCUAUGAUCGAACAGCGCUCGCUCUCCUCUAUAUCGCUCUUCAGACUCAAGUCGGCCGCGAGAGAGGUCCCUCUUUGUAUUCUUCACUUUUAGUUUCUUGAGUUAAUGGAGUCGAACCAAGCCAAACCCGGCCUACUGUGCAACCCUGAAGCUUCUCAGAGAACCUUGUACCCAUAUGUAACCGGUACAUCUGUGGUGGCUCUGAAGUACAAAGAUGGAAUUUUGAUGGCUGCUGAUAUGGGAGGUUCUUAUGGGUCUACCCUGCGAUACAAGAGUGUGGAACGAAUGAAGCCUAUUGGAAAGCAUUCUCUUCUUGGUGCAAGUGGAGAAAUAAGUGACUUUCAAGAGCUAUUACGUUAUCUUGAUGAGCUCAUCCUAUAUGACAACAUGUGGGAUGAUGGGAACUCUUUGGGACCUAAAGAGGUCCACAACUAUUUGACCCGUGUGAUGUACAAUAGGCGUAACAAGUUCAAUCCACUGUGGAACUCUCUUGUCCUUGGUGGAGUGAAAAAAGGACAGAAGUACCUUGGCAUGGUUAGCAUGAUAGGUGUAAAUUUUGAGGACAAUCAUGUAGCUACAGGAUUUGGAAAUCACCUUGCACGGCCUAUUCUUCGUGAUGAAUGGCAUGAGAACUUGACUUUUGAAGAGGGUGUAAAGCUACUGGAGAAAUGCAUGCGUGUCCUUCUCUAUCGAGAUCGGUCUGCUGUCAACAAGCUUCAGAUUUCCAAAAUCACUGAAGAAGGUGUAACCAUCUCUCAGCCCUACUCUUUGAAGACUUUCUGGGGUUUCUCUGCUUUCGAAAAUCCAACAUUGGGUGCUGAAGGAUCAUGGUAGUUGAAUAGAGGCAUGGCUUCUGAACUUGAAACAGCUAACUAGGAGCUAAGUUGAACUUUAAUGUGUUUCUACAGUUAUUGGAACCAAGAAUUUGUAACAGUGUUGACUCGAAUAUAGCUGGUUGGCUUUUGAGAAACAUUUUAGCUAUAAUACCCAUCGUUUUCUUAAAUUUGGUGUUGCAGCAUCCAACGAGUAUGAACUUAUUGUAGUGACACUUAAAGCAAUGUCUAUUUUCCUUUGAAUCA